AUGGACCGAGCGAAGGCGAAGACGAAGCCUCGAAUGACAGAGGAAGAAAGGGCCGCAUUGGCGAAAAAAUUGGAUGAUGACCUGGAACAGUUUAUGGAGGAAAUGGCUGCUAAAAAAGCUGCGGAACAGAUAGAAAAGAAGCCAUUCGAUUUUGAUGAAUGGUGUAAAGACAUCGAUCAGCACCCGGCAUUCAUGAAAGAUCUUGAUACUGGAAUGAAAGGACAAUAUGCAGAUACUCUGAGUGCUCUUCAGGCUUUGAAAUAUGACGAGGACGAUGUUGAGGAUAAGCAGUUAAGCGCCGAACGACAUAAAGAAGAAGGCAAUAAGCAUUUCAAAUACAAAAAGUACCGAUGGGCCACCGAUUGCUAUUCCGAAGGUAUCAAAGUGCAGUGCCUGGAUCGCAAGUUAAAUUCUGUUCUUCAUGGCAAUCGUGCAGCUGCUCAAAAGCACAUUGGCAACCGGCGAAGCGCUAUAAAGGACUGCGCAAUGGCCUUAAAAUUUGAUCCCACAAACUUGAAGGCUGCAAAUAGAGGUGCGGAAUGUCUCUUGGAGCUUGGAUAUGCCCAACAAUGUCUAGAUUGGAUUGAGCGAGCUAAGAAAACCUUCGCAUUCACUAAGGAAACUGAGGAGCAAGGGAACGUCUCCGAGUCAGAAAAGAAGCAGUUAGAUGCCUUAGAACAAGCGAACGAAAAAGCUACCCAAGCUGUUUUGGUCGAAGAACGUAACAAACGGAAAGCUCGCGCUGAAGAAAAGAAGGAUUUGGAAGAGAAACGGCGCCUUCUCAAAGCACUGGCUGAUCGCAAACUCAAUUUUCGUCCCCGACUUCCAUUCAGCCGUCCCGAACUCAUGGAUUGGUCGUUACUAGAAGUUAGCCUUGCACAAACUUCGCAGCGGUAUCGCGUGUCAUUCAAUCAAGAGGGUAAUCUACAGUGGCCCUUCUUAAUACAAUACCCACAGGUCGGGCAAGUUGAUGUUUUGACGGAUUGUGAUGAAACAGCGCNAAGAGCUGAUCAUGCCCUCGUAUUUCAGCGGUAUCGCGUGUCAUUCAAUCAAGAGGGUAAUCUACAGUGGCCCUUCCUAAUACAAUACCCACAGGUUCGUAAAAAUGAUCGCUUCGAAAAAUCAGUCGGGCAAGUUGAUAUUUUGACGGAUUGUGAUGAAACAGCGCAAGUUUGUUCUGUGUUGCGGCCAAUGUUGGAAACCCCUGCAGAUUGGGAUAAGGACCACAAGUUCAGGUUAGAUAAUAUUCGAAUGUUUGUGUCGGACGAGUGGAAUGAGUAUGCCAUGGAAGUAUGGGAAUGGUCGACUUUUGGUUCUAUAUUGUCUUUGCCUGGUUUUCAGAUUGUACAGGGGCUGCCUGUGAUAAUGGUAAGUGUUUCUUGUGUUUAG